AUGCCUGUCACAGUCGCCAUUCCCAAUAGUAGAGUCAAUUCCUGGCAUCAUCCCGAUCCAAGAGUUGAAAACACUUCCCAGCUCCUACCGGGAGCUGGUUCCCAAGAAGCGGACGGACCCAAAGACAUCAUCCAGGGCUCGUUCUCAUUCAACGGAUCUCUUGAAGAAAAUCACGUCAUGCUCUCGAGGAAUGGUCUUGUCUGGUCGGCGUUCCACGCGUACAGCGACCACCAUCAUCUUACCAUUCGCCCCGAGGAUAUCUGGUUUGCUAUCAUCACUCAACUCGGCGCCUACAUCAACGCCAACUCCGAAAAGAUGCGGAAUUACUUCGUUAGCCAUGGUGGCCAGAUAAAGCUUCAGGUUCUCGAUUUCGGGACUUUGCAUACUGCUGAUUACGGAAAACUCUCUCAGAUGAUGUCGCUCGAGAUUGCCAAGAAUAUCAAGGACCCUUCUUUCCGAGAAUGGGUUCUUCCGUCGUUCUCGACGACUACCGAUAGUGAUCGGAUUGUUGGUUCUGUGCUUCUAAUGGGCGCACUGCAGAGAUACUUCUCUUACGAAGUAACUUUGACGUGCGGUAUCCCUUCGGUGACACUGCUCGGAGAAGUAACCGACUACGAAGACAUUCUCAAAAGACUUGAUAAACUGGAUGGCAUGGGCGAGGAACCGACUCAGUUCGCCAAGCUCCUGCGACCAAUUCUUCAAAACAUGAUUCUCUCGUUCGCUCAACCAACCGACCCAGAAGUCCAUGCAUUCUGGAAUCAAAUUGCCGAUAUGCAGUGCAUGUCGGGUUCCAGCACGAUGACAGGCUGGAUCACUGCAUUUUGCUACUGGGACGACGAAGGAAAGGUUCAGCCCCCCAGUCGAGAAAACUGUAGCCUUGGGGGAUUGAUGUAUCCCUUUAUCGAUACGAAGACAAUUCCCCGUGGAUACGUCACCGUUCCGGUUAAAAUUGACGAUAAUGGUACUUUGCAUAAUUGCAAGAUGAAAGCUGGAUCUGUUGGUAUGCAAGUUGUCCCAGGUCCUCAAGGUUAUGUCCCUGCGUUGGAUCCUGAUGAAGACGGAGGACAUAACGAGGAGGUAGAUGAGAAGAAAUCGGGAAUAAAGCCUAUCACUGGGUGGAUGAUCUACGAGGUUCCUCAGAAAAGCUGGUUCCGUAGCAUAUGGCCUUUUUAA